AUGGUUGGCAAAGUUGCCGAUUACGAAUACAUCGUCACAGAGUCAGAGCAGGAAGCUCUUAUUCUUGAGUGUAACCUGAUCAAGGAACAUCAGCCUCCAUUCAAUGCUCGCCUCAAGGACGACAAGAGUUACCCUUUCAUCAAAAUUGACGUUUCAGAGGACUUCCCGCAGGUCUACAUUACGCGACGAGUUAACAAGGACGGUUCUCGCUACUUUGGCCCGUUUGCAAGCGCAGGUAGCGUUCGACGCACGCUCAACCUCCUAAAGAAGCUCUUCCCAUACCGGUCAUGCACUAAGACUAUCACCGGCAACGAUGCGCGCCCAUGCCUCGAUUAUCAUAUUCAUCGCUGUAUCGGCCCGUGCAUUGGAGCUGUUGAUAAACAAGAGUAUGCAGAGGUCAUUGACCAGGUAAUCCUCUUUCUUGAAGGAAAAACCAAUAAGGUCGUGGGUUCAAUUAAGAGGCGCAUGCUGGAUGCCGCGGACAGCCUAGAGUUCGAGAAGGCAGCAGUUCUCCGCGAUCAACUAACCGCAAUCGAGAAGGUCAACGAGGGCCAGAAGGUGCUCCACUUGACGUCUGAGAAUGUGGACGUGAUUGCGACCGCCCCAGGUAGCCGGGAAGCAUGGGUUGAGGUCUUCUUCAUACGGCAGGGCAAGCUGAUUGGGCGCGACAACUUCCUGAUGGCAGGGACUCAGGAUGAUGAACCAAACAAGAUUCUCACUGCAUUCGUGAAGCAGUUCUACGACGCUACUCCUUAUGUGCCACCCCGCAUACUGCUUCAGCACCCGCUCGAAGAAGCAGACAGCAUCGUCAAGUGGCUGCGAGAAAAACGCAAAGGCAACGUGCGCCUCCAUGUGCCGCAACGCGGCGAAAAGCGCCGCCUUGUGCAAAUGGUCGCCGAGAAUGCCGAACAGGGCCUUGAGCAGUUACGAGUGAAGCAGACAUCCGACACUGCUGCGAUGGACGCCGCGAUGUUGGAACUGCAGGAGGCGCUUAGCCUCCCUUACCCGCCCAAGCGCAUUGAGUGUUACGACAUCUCCAACAUACAGGGUACAAAUGCAGUCGGCAGUAUGGUGGUUUUCGAGGACGCCAAGCCGAAGAAGCGCACUAUCGCCGCUUUCAGAUCAAGUCCGUAA